GGUGUGCCGCGUGUGUACAACGAUGAUCAGCACAUCCAGUGCGGAGUCCUUAUUCUCCACGAUUAAUACGAAAAAUGGAGAUGGUUUGAUCAGAACCAUUGUUGAUGCAAUACGAGAGUUUGCGAAUGUUGCGGUGUCCAUCAACGAUGAACGAUCCAAACAUAUUUGCUUAGUUUGUCUGGAUGCAUUGGAAAAUGGAAUCCAAUUGCAACAUCAGAUCCGCGAAAACGAGCUAGCUUCUUCAUCUAUCUUGGAUACCCUCAAUAUUCCGAAAAACGAGGAACUUGAUGCGGAAGUGUACGACCUUGAGUAUCUGGACGAAUUUAAAGAUGAUAUCACAUGUAUGCCUGACCUUACGAUAAAUUCCUCAAAACUGGAAAUACUCGGUAAUCCACUAUCGGAUGCGUUGUGCGGUCAAGAGGACAAUGACCUACCAGACAAUCAGCUGGCCGUCCAGCUUUCGGAAGACGAAUUGGAGUGCCUUACGAACGAAUUGCUUGAACAAGGAAAGUUUGCAUUUGAAAUGCCUCCUGCCGAGCUGGUAGCACAACAACUUUCUUUUGACCGAUUUCAGUACCUCGAAAUUUGUGGUGAACGGUGUUGUGGCUGCGCACACAUUGCUCCAUCGCGGGACGCACUGAUGGAACACGCAAAAGAAGUGCAUUCACAAAACUAUUACGCCGAUAGCAGCUACACUUGCCCCACGUGCUAUGGCAAGUUUACGACCGAAGAAAGCCUCGCGGCUCACACACAGUACUAUUCAUACAGCGAUGUUUUCGUAUGCACCGAAUGCCAGGAAGCAUUUAAUUUCCAGGGACAACUGAUGCUGCAUCUAAAGCAACAACACGACUACCAAGAAGAAGCGGACGGAGAAGAAGCAGAUCAAACGAAUGAUGGUCAAUCGUUGAAAAAGAAAUAUAUCCGCAAGACUAACGGGCAGCAAAAGCUCGCCAUUCCGGACGAAAAGCUCAUCAAGGAAACAAAAGAAUUCCCUCAGUAUCGAGAAUUUUUACUCGAUGGAGAACAUUGCUGUGCUUGUGGGUUUUGCCAGGAAUCCAUUGAAUCGCAUGUAGCCGAGGAACAUCCCCACAAGGAUUCAGGGAGCGCUCUGCAAUGUUCCAUUUGUCGCCAAAAAUUCGCCUCCAACCGGCACCUGAUGCUUCAUGAGGAAGAUCGCAAAAAGAUGAGUUAUCUUUACGAAUGUCGGCUUUGUGGCAAGCUCUUUUUAAAAAAAUUCCUACUCUUGAAACACAUACAAAACGAGGUCCACCCUCCAAACGAAAAGCAUGAUGAUACAGUCGCAAUCACAGAUGCGGACGAAAACGCUGUCAGCCAGCAAAAAGCAUCGGCAAGCUCAAGUACAAUAAGCGUAAAAUGCUUCUGCUGUUGCUUUAGACGCUGCAAAGAAGAGUUUGCCACCGAGGCGGACCUACUCAAGCACGCCUAUGAAACACACACUGGCCGCCGGAAAGAAAACGAAAACAAACUAUCUAAAACAUUGGAAGUGGUUACCGAAGAACGGGUGUGUCCAAUUUGCAUGCUACUAUUCGAGUCGGCGGAGAAGCUGAAGCAGCAUCGGUCCUACAAAAUGCACGCAGAAAAGCAAAGCUGCCAUAUUUGCGGACGAACUUUUAUGAGAAAGUCAGGUCUGAGGGAGCAUCUGGAGCGUGAGCAUCUCGAUCUUCCUCCGCGGUACGCUUGCGAGAUUUGUGGUAAAAAUUUCAUCACCCGUUCUACGCUCAACCAUCAUCAGAAGGUGCAUGGGCCUUUCGAGAGCUGCCCAUGUGAUGCCGAGGACUGCGAUUUAGUGUUUCGCGAUGAGCAUCUAAUGCGUCGACACUAUCGAAAUGUGCACGCCGAGAACCGGCCAUAUGUUUGUCGUUUUUGUACAAAAACUUUCCGCACCAAAGAAUCUAUCGACAUCCACGAACGAAUGCAUACAGGCGAAAAACCUUUUGCUUGUCGUCACGAGGGAUGUUUAAAACGGUUUGCGCACGGAACGGAUCGGGCACGCCAUGAGCGAUCGGUGCAUACGGGCGAAAGACCGCACAAAUGCUCGAUGUGUACUUUGAGCUUCUUGCGUAAAAGAGAAUUGAGGAAACAUACCGAAAGGGUACACAAGGAAGUUUGAGGUAACCCGUUUGACCUCCUCUAAAUGCGUACUCUAUGUAAGAUAAUAAUUUGAAUACUGACGAUCCCGACGAUCCGUUAAACUAAGUAUAAGAGAAUAGAAUAAACA